AUGGAUCAACUACUCGAUACGUCACAUGAACCAGGGUACUAUACCUCUAUUUUAUCUUCCCUCAAUGAAUCACCUUCAUUUGAACUAAUCCGUGCAUUAUCCUACCAUGCUGACCCAUACCUCCCGUGGUGUUCACAGCAAAACACUCAGCUCGUCAAAUCCAUCAUGGAUACCAUCAACUACCAACAAUACAUCCCCAAUCUAAUCCGUGAAUUCAAAUCUACACUGAAAAAGCUCACCAAGAAUGGAUUGAACAGAAUGAUAUCAAUUGAAAAAGAAAACCUAAUACCUCUUUCCCAAGCGUGGUUUUUAAUUGAUUAUGCUCAUGACGACGAAAUCACCAUCCUCGUUAUCCUACUUGUCAUUGAUGUACUUGGUCAAAGUAUACCAAGCAAAAUACAAGCUUUGGACCUUUUAUCCCAUUUACCUACCCUCAACAAAUCACUAAUUCCACAGUUAAAGAAAUCCAUUGCCGCUUGUCUUGUCCAUGUUCCUCCUAUAACUGCUGAAGAUCAAUCUUUAUCUCUUCUUCAACGAGCAUAUUCUUGGAUCAACAAGUUAAACGAAACCAAAAUUGAAUGUAUACAAACCAUCUCCACAAUCCUAUCCACCAUCAACUCCCCAAUUCGACCAUUCCUACUUGAACAAUUGUCUAUAUUCAUCUCACGUGUGUCGACAGAUAUCUUUAUCAGCACGUCAAAGAUAUUUUUCACCUUAAACCAACUACUAGUUGGGUUGGAUACAACCACUGGUGAUAUCAUUCUGCUGCUUAAAAUACAAAAACAAAUCAUUGAUCUCAACCACCCAUUCAUCGCCACCUAUGCUUACGACUUUAUCGGUGCAUGGACACUCCUCCUGCGGCGAGAAGACGAUGUUAUCAAGAGACAAAUCGAACAGAAUGUAACCUCAUUAAAGAAACUAGUAAACAAUGACGCUGAAAUUAUAGAACUAUGUACAUAUAUAAACGUGUAA